AUGGCAAUUGCGAUAGCGACACCCCCCUUGGUAGCUUCGAAGUACAGUCUCAAACUCGAGGGCCCACGGCAACCGGCCGUCCGGGCAAUCAAAUCGGCCGUCCAACUCGGCAACCGGCCGUCAUCCAAAGCCGGCCGUCAUCCAAGCGGCCGUCAAUCCACCGUCAGUCGCCGCCCCAUCAGUCGCACACAAUCCAGCGCCAAUCCAGCGCCGUCAAUCGCCCCAAUCCGCCUCACCACGCUAUGGUUGAAACGUGGAAAUUUCACGCAAUGGUUUGUGCCAGCAAUAUGCUUCAUCAAUAUGCGCUGCUGGCUGAAUACCCAGGCUUUUUAA